UUCAUCUUUUCGUUUCCAAAGAAUCAUUUGCCGACUUUCCGCACAUUCCAAUUCUCCUGCAAUAAGUCGACCGACCACUACAAAACAACCCCACUCCCCCCGCCUUAUGCUCCAACAAAUUCUCUGCCAUGAACGACCCCAAUAGACCACCAGUUACCGGUUACCCCGCCGCCGCCCCUCCAAACCCUAACGGUUACGGCGGUUACGGCAGUUCCGCUCAACCCCCACCACCCGGCACCGCCUACCCAUACGCCGCACCCCCACCUUCCUCCACCACAUACUACAACAACAAUCCAUACUACCAACAAUCCAUUCCUUACGCCGUCCAACGGGCCACCUUCCUCCGCCGCAUAAUCGCUAUAGCCAUAGCUGCUAUGGUCAUCACCGGCACCUUUGUUUUUAUCGUCUGGCUCAUCCUCCGCCCCCGUCUACCGGAGUUCCGAGUCGACUCGCUCUCAGUCUCAAACCUUAAUCUCUCCAAUUCAUUAAUUUCCGCUAAUUGGGACCUCCGUUUUACUGUCCGAAACCCCAACAAAAAGUUGACACUUUACUACGAUGAUGUAGCAGCAGCGGUUUUUUAUGAUUCGGCUUCGCUUUCCGACACUACAGUCCCGCCGUUUUUUCAGGAUAAACGGGCUGAGACUGCCCAGAAAGCGAGUUUUGCUACUUCAGGUUCGUAUGUAGAGAAUCGAGCCUUUGAUGGGAUGAAUAAAGAGAGGGCUCGAAGUAGUGCAAUUGGGUUUGAUGUGAGGAUGGUGGCUAGGGUCAGGUUUAAGGCGGGGUCUUGGAGAGCGAGGAGGAGGUUUAUAAGGGUUUACUGUAAGGAUUUGUCUGUUGGGGUUGGGCCCAAUAAGUCGUCCGGGAACUUGCUUGGUGGGCCCCGACAGUGCCGGGUUGGACUCUGACAGUUGGUGAUCUUCGCUUGUUUUAAGCUAUCUAUCAUUUUACCAGUCUUUUCUACCAAUAUGAUUUCAGAGGCUUCUGUUGCUGUUGGUUCUUCGUCAGGGAUAAUCUUUUUAGAUUCUUUGAUUAGAACUUGUAGUAAUAGUUAUCAAAUGCUUCCAAAACAUAUGAUGUACUGCAUAAUUUCCUUCACAUGUCCUUUUUAUAUGUCAAAAGCUUGAAGGCUGAUUUAUUUUUAUCUAA